UGUCUUUAAGGAAGAUUAGAUUUUGAAAUUGGAAAAAAAUAUGACCGCCACUAUAUUAUUUUAAUUAUGAAAUUUAAAAUUUAUAUCAGAAUAUUUUAUUUAACUUUUAAUUUUUAUUAUAAGUGCAAAGACUAAUUUUCAAUAUAAAUUUAUUUUUCAAUAUUACAAAUACAUCAUUUAAUAUAAAAAAAAAACUAAAAACAUAAAAUAAAUACCCGCCCGGUCGGGCGGGUCAAGGUCUAGUAAGAUAUUACAUCUAAUUUAUGACACAUCUUAAUUCGGUGAUGGGAAAGUCUUUGUAAAUAGGAUCACACUUCGACGUCAAAAAAAAAAAAAUAGGAUCACACCUUCUAGGAAUAAUGCAACAUGUAUAUUUCUUCUUCCAUUUGCUUUCCAAAUUCCAUGAACCACAUCUGGAUGCAUGGUCUGGAUGGAACGAAAUAGAGGCGUCGUGGAGCAACACCGAUGCACGAGCAUCAUCGGUAAAACAGUUCUUGAUUAGAAAAAAUCACCUUUUUCUUGUUCUUUUUUCAAUUCCAAACCCGUACCAAAAACCUAAAUCCGAAUCUGUACCCGAGCUGUGAAAAAUCCAAAUGGAUCUGCAUGAUGAUAUUACAUAUAUCUAAAUCUGAAGUGUUAUUAGCCAAAUUCGAAUGAAUGACCAGACAAACUCAAAAAAUUGAAUAACCUAAGCACCUCAGAGAAAAAGCAACCAGAAAUCCAAAUUACUAUCCAUGAUAGUUUUCAGAACCUAACUAAAUAAUUAAAAUGUUUCAAUUCAACAUUUAUUUUCAUAUGAUACUAUAAAUACCGGAAUAUGAAUUUUGAAAUUAAUUUGGAAUCCCUCGUUAAUUUGAAAUCCCGAACUUGGAAUAUUGAGGUAAUUAGAGCUUUGGUGGAUCUUCAUGAUGCAAAAAUUAUUGAAAGUAUUCCAUUAAGUAGACACCAGAUGGAAGAUAGGAAUGGAUGGCAUUUUACUAAUAAUGAGAAAUAUUCGGUUAAAUCAGGGUAUCAAGUGGAACGGGUCUAUCCUGAUAAGGAAAAACCACCAGAUUUUUAUGAACCCACAAUGGAUACGUUAAAAGCUUUCUGUUGGGAAGUGCGGUGCCCGCCGAAGUUAAAGCAUUUCCUAUGGCAACUCCUUUCGGGUUGUAUAGCGGUAAUGAAGAAUCUUUGUGGGAGAGGGAUACAAAGAGAUAUUUGUUGUGCUCGAUGUGGAGACCCGGAGGAAUCAAUAAAUCAUGUGUUUUUUGAAUACCCUCCAGCACGUCAAGUGUGGGUCUUAUCUAAGAUACCAUCGAAUCAGAACUAUUUUCCUACUUGUUCGUUUUUUGAUAACAUGGAUCAUCUCUUUUGGAGAGUUACUCCAAAAAUGGAUGAUCACCAAUUCGCAUGGAUAUUAUGGUAUAUAUGGAAAGGUAGGAACAAUAAAAUGUUUAAUAAUCUGGAUAUUGAUCCAAGGGAAACACUUCGAUUAGCAGAACUAGAAUCGACACUUUGGGCUGAAGCACAGGUAAUCACUACUCAAAGUAGGGAGCGGCAAGUACAGACCAGACCUAUAUUAGAACUACAGGACGAUGGUGUUUCAUAGAUGGUUCGUGGAAGGAAAAAGAGCUAUUUUCGGGACAAGGAUGGUAUAGUACCUUACCGGGUUUUGAUGGUUUACUAGGAGCAAAGAAUGUAAGGGCAUGUCUAUCACCUCUUCACUCGGAGGUGGAGGCGUUGAUUUGGGCAAUGGAAUGUAUGAAGAACUUACGACAGUUUCAGGUUACGUUUGCAACAAAUUGUUCUCAAUUGGUGAAGAUGGUUUCAGAACCAGAAGAAUGGCCAGCAUUUGAAAGCUACCUGGAAGAUAUCAAGCUUUUACGAAGAAGCUUCCUCAACUCAGACAUCAUCCAUGUACCCCGGACGGAGAACCAAAGGGCGGAUAGCUUGGCACGUAGUGCUAGGAAACAACCAUCUUUCGUCGUUCAUAUGGAUGCGGAGUUGCCGAUUUGGUUUAUAGAGUCAACAUGAGUCUGUGAAUGUCUUGCUGUAAAAAAAAAAUGAAUUUUGAAAUUAACCAAAUCCAAAAUAAAUUUAAAUCCAAAAUGAGUUUUAGACAAAGUUAUAAAAUAAUCAGAAGUAUUAUUAAAUAAACCUGAUCUGAACAUAUAUAAAACUCGAACUGAACCUAGGAAAAUAAACACAAAAAUAUGAAAACCUAAGAAUCUGAAACAAACACAAAUGAUACCGAACGGCCACCCUAUCUCAAUUAAUACAAAUUUUUCACAUUGAAAUUCGAUUCCGAGUUUUAGGUAAAACCUUGUCUUUUGUGAAAUUUGUAAAAAGCAUACAGUUUAUAUUUUAUAUGUUUUCUUAUAUUUAAAAGUUUUAGCUAUUCUUAAAGUGAUUUUUUUGCUAAAUUGAGUUUCAAAAUUAUAUAUGUCAUCUUAACUUUAUUUUAUAUAUGUUCUUUUAAAUAUUUUCAGAAAUAGUUUUCAUAAAAUAUAUAAGAAUGUGAAUUAAUGCAUAAAAUCAGACAUUAAAACAAGGGAAUGUUGAUUACUUUUUUUUUAUCACUGGGCACAUCAUCAUAUAAGCUUUAAUUCUAUUGAUUAUAAUAACAUAUGAAAUAUUGAUGGCAACGACUAUGGCUGUGUCUGAAAUUUUAUUAAUUUUAUGAAAGAACGGGAGAGAACAAAUUUCAAGAAAAAAUCCGAUAUGUGAAUUUUUUAUCUCUAUAUAUUGUAACAAAUGAAGAAAUAUUUACAGAAGUGUCUAACUUGAGAUAGUGAUGGCUUAGAUACAUGCUCGGCGGUUCGAGCUGAUUAGGUUCAUAUACUAGAACACAUGGCCAGUUUUGAGAUUUUGGGAGGGGGAUAUAGACGGUUUAAAAUUGAUUUUUAUAGUUUGAGGGCCUAAAAGUUUUUUUUACAAAUUUUGGAACCUAUUUAUAUAUAAUUGUUUUCAAAAUUUUUGGGGGAUGGAGGUGGAUGUUUUAUCUGGUUUGGCCCAAGACUGGCUAUGCUAGAACAGUACUAUAUCCGAGCACUGUAUUUGGUUAGUUAAUUUUUUUAAUAAGGUGUCUGUAUGGUUGUGUCAAUUCAUAGGCGAGAUUUGGAAAUGUACUAAUAAAACAUUUUUUCAAGGUUUCCAAAUGGAAAAAGCGGACCAAGCGUUGCGGAUCUAGUGGAUCAAACGAAUCGAGCGGAUCGAGCAGAUCAAAAGAGGAUCAAGCGGAUCGAGCAGAUCAAAAGCGGAUCAAGCGGAUCGAGCAGAUCAAAAGCGGAUCAAGCGGAUCGAACAGAUCAAGCAGGUCUAGCGCUUCAAAACAUAGGUUUGAAUGGUGAAAAUAGAUAAAAAUCGGUUCAAAAUAUUGUAUAAUUUUAUUAUAAUUUAUUUUUAAUAUAUAUUUUCAUUAUUAAAAUUAAUAAUGUAAAAAUUAUUAUAAUGUCAUAAACAUAAUUUUUAUAGUUUUAAAAUAACUAUUUUCAGUAUUUAAAGUAAUCAUUUAAAAAUAAGUUAUAAUGUCAUAAACAUAAUUUCUUUAUAUUUGUAUUCAAAAUACUAUAUAAAAUUAAUUCAAACAUAUAUAUAGAAUUAUUUUGGGAUUUUAAAUUAAAUAUACAAAUAUAAUGAUUUUAAAAUACUAUAAUUUGAUAAUUUUGAGUUUAAUAUUAACCAACACAUCAAAGUAGUAUAAUAGUUUUGAACUUUUGACAUUGAUAUUAACUACACAUCAAUUCAAUAUGUUGACUAUGAUUUUGCAAGAUGGAACACAUUUCAUUUAACAAAUAUUGUUGUUCUUAUAAUGAUAAAAUUAUCAAUAUUUAUUUAUAUUUAUUAUUAAAAAUCAAGAACUGCUUAUUAUUCACUAUAACACUAGUUAAAUGAUGUAUAUCUACUGUUCAUAGCAUAACUUAAUUUUUCUUUGUAAAAUUGAACCACUAGUGGUUCAUUAAUUUUUUAUUAUUAAAAAAGAGGAAACACAUUUUAUAAAAUCAAAGUUGAUGAAUGGCAAAUACACAUGUGGCACAUUCACCGGGUGGUUGAACCAUGUUUUUACAGCUUCCCAUUCUUAGCCUAUAUGUAGAUAUAUGUAAUACCAUCCUAGAAGAUAUUCUGACAUAAAUAGAAAGCAUUUCAAAUUAGGAUUAUGCAAUGUGGUGUCUUUUUGCAAAAACUCCGCAUUGUAACAUUAACUGUGUUAGACCAAGCAUAUCAUUGAUAAAAUAUAUAAAAAGAAUUAAAAGAUUUAAAUAUUCAAUUGUUAAUAUACUAUAUAUGACCAAAAAACUUAUCAUUUCUACGAGACUGGUGAGGUCGUGCCAUGUGCUGAGUUUCUGAUUUAUACUAUUACAUCUUAAUUGGAUUCUUCCCCACCCCAACCAUAUUUGAGCACCACCGGGGUAGGGACGUGGGGUCGUAGGGUAUGACACGCAAACGUGCGAUUCAUUUCUCCACUAAUGAACAAUGUUGUGUAUAGGCCGAAAAAUAUACGUUGAAAAUAAAAUAUUAUAUCUUUAAUUGUAACAGACGUCUAAAACUAUAGUAAAAGCGUAUAUAUAAGAAUAUUAUAUGAAUGAGGAGGUUAUUCAUCAGGAAGACUGGACGAAGAAGGAAGACCUUAAGGUGCCGGUUCUCGAGUAAGGCGUUAGUCCUGUUCGUUUAAUGAACGCUGUAAUUACAAACAAAAUGUGGAGGAUAUUCUAGCACGAUAUAUAGAAGAUGUAAAAGGUCAAUGAUGUCCCAUAGUUUUGGGAGUCCAAAGCCCCAAAGAAAAUGUGGCAUCAUUACAAACAACGUGUGUCCCAAAAACAGUAAUAGAUGGAAAGAAAUGAGAAUUUAGAACCGUAAUCUCAAGAGCGAAUUUUGGACUAGGUAACCAUUUAACCAAACUUAUAUUUCCAAAGAUAUAGCCUUUUAAUUUUGAUUAUAUUUUGGGGUUUGAAGGAAUGUUUUUGCCUUAUAAUAGAGGCAACGAGUCUGCAAAAGGUUUCUAAAAAAUGUAUGUAUUGAUGUAUAAAAAUAUGAAGUUGGAGUACUGACAUGAAAUGUAAAUAUUUACGGAAUAAGAGCUGAAUUUUUUCUUUCUUUUUCGACAAAAUACAGAGGUGCAUUUCUAUUUUGUUUUUCACUUAAUAUAUAGAGGAUGCUAAUGACAAUUGACAGCUGCAUUAGGUCCGGUUGAUUCGGACAUAUUUUAAAAAUGCUGCUAUAAUAAAAGUAUGAACUUGAUAUUCUAUUGAGUAUUGACAUCCUGGAAUGUUUUUAUUAAUAAGAGUUUGGAUAUUUCAAAUCUCAAUCGUUGUGUUACAGAGCAUUUUCCUUUCUUAAUGCGAGUUUGAAUGUUUCAACUUCAUUAAAAUAUUAUUACUAUAUUACGAUAAUUUGCCACAAGACUUUUUUUAGUCUUUUUAUAGUCUUUAAAUAAGAGUUGUAGAAGAAAUAUCAAACCAAACAUGGCCCGUUAAGGCAUUAUCCAAUACGUUUAAACAUGCUUAUGAUUAGUACAAUAUCAGAAAACAGUUCUUCUGUUUGUCAGACUUAUUAGCGUGUGUAUGCUGUUGUGCACAGAAGUGUUAUGUAUAAUAAUUAUGGUUGUUGUCAUUACAGAUGUCCAUAAAUAUUAGCAACUAUGACAACUUUAAUUAGUUGUUAUGUUUGUUACAUCUUUGCUUUUGACAUUUUCACUCACUCUCAAUAUUCUGUAAAAGCUUCAAGCAAAAAGAGAUGGUGAAUCUUACUAAUCGACCGCCACCACCACCACCUCCACCACCACAAUUCAGAUCCAUUUCGUCCCGGUCUGCUGGAAAUUUAAUCCAAAGACUAACAAGAAGUCAACCAGUGCCUAGACCACCACCACCACCGUCAUGGCCACGACCACUGCGACCACUUUCACGACCCCCGCCACCACCACCACCACCUCGGCCACGACCACCGCCACCACCACCACCAUUUGUGCCGAUUCUUCCUCUACCGCAUUUAAUAAUAAGUAGAAGAAGAAGAAAAUUGUACCAUCAACGCAUGUUGACCUGGUACUUGAUCACCCUCAAAAUGCGUCAAAAACUCCAAACCCUAAAUCAGAAACCCGAAGAGACAAGAGAAGCAUGGGUGAUCUCGAUCAAAGAAAAAAUGGAUGCAACCCUUAGAGUCGACGCAACAACUAGCAGAGACAAGCUCUGUAUCUAUAGAGUUCCACGUUACCUUCAAGAAAACGACAAGAAGUCCUAUUUUCCUCAAACGGUCUCGCUUGGUCCAUACCACCAUAGCAAAGAACAUCUAGUGCCUAUGGAACAUCACAAAUGGCGUGCGGUCAAUAUGGUCAUGAAACGCACCAAGCACCGCAUUGAAAUGUAUAUUGAUGCCAUGAAAGAGCUUGAGGAGAAAGCUCGUGCUUGUUAUGAAGGUCCUAUUGUUUGGAGUAGUAAUAAGUUCGCAGAAAUGAUGUUUCUUGAUGGUUUGUUUAUUCUUGAGCUCUUCAGAGGAGCUGAUAACGAUAAAGGAUUCUUGGUACUCGGGUAUGGUCGUAACGAUCCGGUCUUCGCGAUGCGGGGAUCGAUGCAUUCGAUUCAACGUGACAUGGUAAUGCUUGAAAAUCAACUUCCUUUGUUCGUACUUAACCGGUUAUUAGAGCUACAACUUGGUUCAGAAUACCAAACCGGUUUAGUGGUGCAACUAGCAAUUCGGUUUUUCAACCCGUUAAUGCCAACCGAUAAGUUAGCAACCAAAACCGACCAGGUAGAAAUUAAGAUCUCGUUAGAAAACGAUAACUUCUUUAACCCAAUCGCUGACAAGGACAAGGAAGAGUUGCACUGUCUAGAUGUUUUCCGGCGAAGUUUGCUCCGGCCUAGUCAAAAACCGGAGCCAAGGUUAUCACGAACUAGAUGGUCGUGGAAAAGGCGUGCAGCGGACAAGCGCCAACAACAACUAAUACACUGUGUGACGGAACUGAGAGAGGCUGGUAUUAAAUUCAAGAGAAGGAAAACCGACCGGUUUUGGGAUAUCCGGUUCAAAAACGGUUAUCUGGAGAUACCCAAACUACUUAUCCAUGAUGGUACCAAAUCUCUCUUCUCGAAUCUUAUAGCUUUUGAGCAAUGCCAUAUUGACUCAAACAACGACAUAACAUCCUACAUAAUCUUCAUGGACAAUUUGAUAGACUCUGCCGAAGAUGUCAGAUACUUGCACUACUGUGGCAUCAUCGAACAUUGGUUAGGAACUGAUUCUGAAGUUGCAGAUUUGUUCAACCGGCUAUGUCAAGAGGUGGCUUUCGACCUCCAAGAUAGCUAUUUAUCUGAAUUGUCCAAUAAGGUUGACCACAAUUAUAACCGAAAGUGGAAUGUUAUGAAGGCAACCUUGAAACACAAGUAUUUCAACAAUCCAUGGGCAUAUUUCUCCUUUAUCGCUGCAGUUAUCUUGCUACUUCUCACAUUGUUCCAGAGUUUUUUUACUGCUUAUGCUUACAUUAAACCACCUUCUUGAUUUUCUUUAUUCCAUAGUUUAUUUGAUUAUUUCAUUCACUUGGAAUGUUUGUACCUUUUCACUCUAUUUUCUAUUGUAUCGCAAUUAAAUAAACGAAUUGCUGCUUUCA